UUAAUCGAAUUGUUAGAAACAAGCGAUUAUCAGCAAUAGAGUUUGUUUUCGGGUGUAAAAUAAAAAAUAUCUAGACGUGAAACCUCUUGUUGGACCUCUUUCCAAAAUAAGACUCCUGAAAUUCCUUAGAAACAGCAAAUUAAUUUGGUACAAAAAUGAGGGUUCCCAAGUAUACAUCCGAUGCCUUCGAUAAUGUCGAAUAUGAGGUGCGAAUUACGUACACUCUUGAAACAGAUCGAAGGAUUAUGAGCUUUGUCGAUAGCUUAUGGGGCAUUGAGAUAACGGGAGGCACCGAUCAAUACGAGCCACUUACUGUAAUAGGUGUGACGAGAUCGGGCCUUGCUCGAAGGGCUGGUAUCCGGCUGGGUGACAUAAUCACCCAAAUCAAUGACACUCCCGCUGAAAAUCUCACAUUCAAUGAGGCACAAGCCUUGAUUCGAAAGUCGGGAAAAUAUUUGAGGCUAUACGUUAGAGGUGACGAUGAUGCUGACAGCGACGAUGAGUUCACAGUUGACUUUUGGUUCAAACCCCGUAGACCAUGGAGGCGUGAUUUUACACCCAUCCAAUGGGUUUUCCCGUGGAACGAUAGACGAAAACCCAUCUACAAAGAGUCCAACUGUUUCAUGGUGUUCAGCAGAAUGGAAGAAAAGAUCAGAACUCGUCGUGCAGUCACAUCGAGAAUUGGAAAGAAGGAACCUGGAACUCCGCAUACCAGGUCGUUGACGCCGUCUCCACGCCCUGCCAAUCAGCCUGGAGAGAAUCUCCUAAAUACCAUUCUAAAACCUAGAUCCUAGAUUGCUUCCUUAUUACAAAAAAAAGAAACGAGUAUUUAAUAUUAUGUUCGUGAGAGGCUCUUCCGUAAGGAACUAUUUUUGUAUAAGAUCAUACUUAGUAUAAUAAAAUCGAUUCCAUUAGGUUUAAGAAUUAUCGACAAGACGACACUGACUGCUCUUAAUUUAAAUACAUAAUGUACAUACUUACAUUAUUUAUAUGAAUAAAAAGUAUAUUUUUUAGAAACUAAA